AUGCUUGCAAUCCUCCCCGUUUUCGCUCUUGUGGCUACGGCCUUGGCUGCUCCAGCACCAGAGAACCCGAUUCUUGGAAUUACUGUCGGAUCCCCAGCGGCCCCAGCUGCAACACCGAGUGGCGCGCCAAACCCAUCCCAGGUUACUAUCAACUCCAUCACUUAUGGUGGAACUGGCUGCCCACAGGGAUCCGUAGGAUCUUAUAUCUCCCCAGACCGUUUGACCUUCACCCUCAUCUUCGACUCCUUCAUGGCAUCCAUCGGCCCUGGUGUCCCCAUUACAUCGAGCCGCGCAAACUGCCAGCUUAACAUUAACCUGCAAUACCCAUCUGGCUUCCAAUACAGUGUUCUGGACACCCAAUUCCGUGGAUAUGCUGAUCUUGGAGCAGGAGUGACCGGCGUGCAGUCUGCAACCUACUAUUUCUCCGGAUCUGCCACCCAGGCAUCUACCUCUACUACCUUCAAGGGCCCAAUAUCCAGCGAUUAUCUGGUUGAGGAUGCUAUCCCAUUCACGUCAACCAUCUGGUCUCCUUGCGGAGCCGCUCUUCCGCUCAAUAUCAACUCCCAAGUCCGCUUGACUUCCACCAACUCCGCCUCUUCCGGUCUCCUCACACAGGACUCCGUCGAUGGGAAGGUUUCGUUCGUCGUCGGCGUCCAAUGGCAGACUUGCAAGCCAUAA